AGAAUCCUAACAAGUAAAGUAAACGAAAAGUUCAAUUUUGCGUUUGUAUAAACUUCAGAAAUUUCAGAAUGAAGCUUACUUUCGUUAUUCUUUUUGUCACUUUGUGUGCACUUUCAGCCAAUGGCUACAGUGUACCGGAUUUGCAAAAAGUUAAUGAAGAAACUUAUGUAGAAGGUCAAGAUCUUUUGGAUGACCCACGUGACUGCAAAUGUGACCACAACUGCCGUGUUUGCAUCAAGAACAAGUGCAUGGACUGUGCUUACCCAGCUGAAGAGCUGGAGGCAGAGCCACUUGACCAGGGUUCUGCCUCGCCUUCUAAAUGCAACCCCAACCGCUGUGACAGCAACUGUCGCUGGUGCUUCAACGGGAAAUGCCAUUGUGACUGGCAGUAGAUUUUUCAUGAUGAUAAUGCCAGCAUUUUAAGUUUUGUCUAUUUUGUAAAUAUAUGGUGUUUUGUUUUGCAAAUUUAAAA